AUACAAACGACAACUGCCAAAAGACAUGAAACUACAGUUACUGCAGUAAUUGAAUUCAAUAAAUAUCUUAAAAAUUGUUUUUCUGACUGGACUGAUGUUUCCAAGAAAGUAUCGUGGGAGAUCAUUUACAUACAACCCUACGACACUGAUGAGAGGAGACGAAUAAAAGAAUGGCAAGGAUGCACUUUGAACGAAUCAGGAAACUAUAAUCUCGAGCAACAGGAGGUUACUGCCAAAUUCUGGAGUGAAAAGGUAAAUCAGUAUCAGGUGAAUUUGUCUUUAGGAAUGGCAGUACGCCUCGUGGAGGCUUUGGAGAGGGUGCGUAAAGAAGAAAAACUAUCUAAAAUCGAAGACUUGAUACAAAUAAGAAGGCAGGAAGUGCAUCAAGAAGUCAAUUUCAACUGA